GCGAUGUUGCGCGAAAACAUGGUCUACUUAACUUUGAAACGAUAAUGUCUACCAAAAAAUGCUGUUCGCGCCCUUCUUUUGGUGAUUUGUGCGCGAAUUCAGAGAGAUACAUUCUCUUUUUAUCAUUUGAAAAGCUUUAUGGUGAUAACCAGGAACCACUGAAUUCAUUGCUGCAAGACGUCUUGUUGGACCUCUCCAAACGUGACAGUCGAUGUGGUAAUCUUAGCAUUCCAGAGAGAAAGUGUCACUUUGCUGUUGUCGAUCCCACCUCCUGCCGAAACGAGCAUGCCGAUUGGUUGGCCGUUGACGACGUCCAUAGGAGCUCGCCCUCUAAGAACGGUGGAGGGUCAUCCAGCAGGAUGGCUGAAUUGCAGGACACGGGGGAGAAUCUUGACUUAAAGGAAACUGACGGAGUGAGCACAGAUGAAUUGGAUUUUAGAUUAUCCGAGAGGAUCCAUGCUCUGGCAGACAAGCUUCCUCUUAUCGGGCAUUAUUUUGACAUCGUAUGGCUCACAACAUCCAGAACCAACGUGCCAAUUACCGAUCAUGUUUCGCUCUACGGCGCGCUGCAGCGCCUCUGCUCCUGGCAUUCCGGGCUUCUCACCGUAGUCUGUGACGACGCGAGUCCUAGGGAACCCCCCCACGACACCCUGAACGACUGGGUGAACUGUCUCCAGGGGAGAGUGGCGAGGGGUGCAGAAUCAGUCGCGGAGGCAGUGGGUCGGGGCGUGGCCUGGCAGGGGGAGGUGGUUCUUGCUGAUGGGAAGGGACAGAAAUCUUUACGUCUUCCUGGCUUUGUCCUGGAUUCAAAGCUCAAUGAUGACACGACAUUUCACGUCCCGGAAGCUGCCGUCAUCCAAAUCUGUGCGUCCCCCGAAGGGAAGCCAUUAAAAACACAGGCAACCAAAAACACCAUUACUUUUUCAAGACAGUUGGAAGUUGUCUGUUGUGUCUGCCGAUCGGAUGUUCCCAGUCAGUUUAUUUCUCCUCUACAGCUGUCACUACACCUCUUGCCGGGCAGUCGCCUGCCUAGAUCCGAACAUUUUCUGCAUUGGUUGUCGGAGGUGAGCCGGUCAGAAGAUGCGGCUAUCAUCAUGAGGCUACCCUGUAGGACCCUCACGCCAAGUGCUCGCUCCAGCCGCAACGCCAGGCCGACCAGUACCAAGGCUUGGAGGGAGCACAUCAAGAACUGUAGGGGUGACAUAAAAGUACCAGACUUGCAUCUGACAGAGAGCCAAGAAUUCUAUUACCUCCUUGUGCAUGGUGACAGGGAACUCGGUCAAACUGUUGUGGCUCACGUGAUGUACUCACCUGGUGAUCUGAGCGCCGUAGUGCACGCUCAGCUGGCCGAGUACCAAAGGUCACUCACAUUCGAUGACCAGCAUGGCGCUAGAACUGUGCUGAAUGCCAUCCCCAGUCUGGAUGGUAGUCAAGUCCAGACCUUACUGGAAACAAUCAAGUCUGCCCAGGCCGACUCAAUCAAGACAUUCCUGGAAGAAAGGAAGUCAGAGGGCAGGGAACCGACUAUGACCUGCAUGGAAUUGCAGCUUCUGUUGGGAACCGUCUUUUCCACUGCCAUGGCUGAAAUAGACAAACUUUCGACAGAGAGCAAAGCACACGAUGAAACAUACUCCGAGGGUGACUUGAAAAACGGAAAUGUCGUAUCAGAAAUUGAUUGCAGUCCAUCACACUGGCUGGAGAAACUGGCUCUGCAGAACCACGAGGCCGCUGAGCGAAGAAUCAAACGCUUCAAGUCGGGCGAGCUGAUGCUGGCCGGAAUGGCCGUGCCCGCCCCUGCCAAUAACACCAUCGCCUUGACUGCAGAGGAGUUUCUGAAGCAUUUUCAAGCCAGCGGUUUGCCCAGUGCAGAGGAUCUCUCCCCAGUCUCCGUGGCAACGGGAGACAGACCAUCUGGCCUGAGUGCAGGAAAGAACCCUCCCAGCCUGCCCUGUGGUGACCUCAAGAAGGCUACAUUUGAGGAGGCGCAGAAAUACACCGUCCCCGGAAUUCAGUAUUGUUUAGACUCUGGGCCCAGCCAGCAGAUGGACAGCCGCUUCUCCAAGAUGCAGCAGCGCUACAUCCGAUACGAGACGGCAUCCACCUGUUCCUCCGAUCAAGCCGCCUCCCCGGCAACCCUGACCAUCCCUCAGCCGUCUUCCUCCACAACCGAUUCUGCCACUGCUACCGUUAAUUCCACUUCUGCCUCCAGUAGUCCCACUUCUGCCACCGCUAAGGUGAAUAGUCAUCUCCAGAGGGACAGGCUCAGUGGCAGGGGCCAGCGGUUGGCUGAGAAAGCCCGCAGAUCAGCGGAAAAGGGACAGAGGUCGGUGGACAAGGGUCAGAUGUUGAUGCGGGUUCAGAGGUCAGCAGAGAAACGUCGGAGGAUGGUGCUGGAGAGAAACCACAGGAUCAGCCCAGGGAGGUCUCUUAGCAGAGGCCUGAAGAGGAAGGGGCAAGACACAGCGUCAGUCUCCCCGGCAAAGAAAAGGCCGAUACCGACUAGAAAAUCUCCCCGCAAAAGAGUUUCAUCAAUCCAGGUUCAGGAGGGGAAGCCCCUGGCAGAGAAGACAAACAAGGACUCCUGCCAUGCCUCGUCGUCGUCGUCAUCUUCCAGCUCAAAAUCACAAGCGAUGUCACGUUCCCAGAGGACAAGAAUGAAACUAAGGGUGAUUGUCAAAGAGUCGCUCGCGAGCCGGGGAGUCACCAAAGGGAGUAGGUGCUACGAAGCGUGCAUCGAGCGACUGUACAAGAUGGCAGAGAUGUAUGUCAAGGACUUGAAAACAUCCCGGGGCCUGAACGAGCAGAUGAAGAGUAUAGCAGAGGCCAACGCAGACUUCGUGGUGCAGUUCGAGCAGAACAGAAUCAAGAAUUCCUGAGACAAGAACCAGUCGCGAGUGGUCAGCUGGAGAAGAGUUGACCCGUGGGAAGAUUCAGAAAGAAGUCGCAAAGCUGACGGCGAAAUUAGAAGAUUAGGACAUGUAGACUGUGCGAGGCCCAUCACACAAAGGGCAGGUGGAGUGUAACCCUCCGGCAGUGAGGCUUUUUAUCUGACCCUGGCCUCAGUUUCAGAUGCCGUGACUCCAGGUCAGUGCUUUGUUCUUGGCUGGGUAAAAUCGACACGCGACCACGUUUAUCUAAACAACUGUUUAGAUUUUCGCGGUCAAUUUUGCUGUUUCAAAAUUUCGAUCCUACAAAAAAAUACUCAUUCGUCGUCAUCUGCUCAGAGCACUUUUAACGCAAGUGUCCAUCCGAGACCAGAAACGUUAAAAAAAAAAAAAAAGACAAGAUUUCAGGGGAGACUAUACAUUUCAUGACUCAGGCCAUCACCGGUCAUCACUCAGCAAGACUGGAUUUCAAGUAUUAUGAACUAGUUACAGCUUACACCUCAGGGCUUGGUUACAAGGGUUCUACGUUAGUGCCCCGAACCAUCUAUGCACCGAGUGGAUAAAGUAUCGACUUGCACCUUAAUGCCCUAAACAUCAGGGAUCUAGAGUACCAAAGCAUGACAUCAUUUGAAUCAGGACGUGUAGCGCACUGGUUAUUGUGCUGAUUUCUUUUGUACAAAUAACUCUGUGCACGACGUAUUCACGUUACUACUCUGUAGACAUUUCAUCUAUGCAAUUCGAGCCCAUGUUUAAUUUCGUGCUUGAUUUUUUUUCCAAUACUAAUUUCAUCACCUUCCAUGUAUUAUUGUAAGGCCAUGUUGGAAUCACUUGACUUUAGCUUACAACUAUAGACGAAUUUGGCGCGAGCCACAGCCAAGCAAUUCCAAGUAAUUGGCCUAGUCGAAGUAAACAUCUGCAUUUUUUUUGAAGAUUUAAAAUGAAGGUGCACAUAUUUACUUUUUUACCAUCGAG